AUGCAGCUGGACGUCAGACUGACCUCAUGCAGCGGGACGUCAGAGCGACCUCAUGCAGCGGGACGUCAGACUGACCUCAUGCAGCGGGACGUCAGAGCGACCUCAUGCAGCGUGACGUCAGACCGACCUCAUGCAGCGGGACGUCAGACUGACCUCAUGCAGCGUGACAGCGACCUCAUGCAGCGGGACGUCAGAGCGACCUCAUGCAGCUGGACGUCAGACCGACCUCAUGCAGCUGGACGUCAGACUGACCUCAUGCAGCGGGACGUCAGAGCGACCUCAUGCAGCGGGACGUCAGAGCGACCUCAUGCAGCGGGACGUCAGACUGACCUCAUGCAGCGGGACGUCAGACUGACCUCAUGCAGCGGGACGUCAGACCGACCUCAUGCAGCGGGACGUCAGAGCGACCUCAUGCAGCGGGACGUCAGACCGACCUCAUGCAGCUGGACGUCAGACCGACCUCAUGCAGCGGGACGUCAGACCGACCUCAUGCAGCUGGACGUCAGACCGACUUCAUGCAGCUGGACGUCAGACUGA